UUUUUGUCCCUGAACAGUCAGUACCAUGUGGUUUGGACAAUGGAGCAGAUAACACUGUAGGAAAAAACGGUAGUUCUGAGAACCAGUACUGUGUAUCAGGCUGGAGGUGGCAGUUUAAGGGACAGGUCUCAUCACUGAGCCCCACAGAGGGGCCCCCAUAGAAAUUACCAAAAUAAGUUGUCAAGUUCUUGAGAGAUUGAUAACCGUAGAAAAGUGUCCGGUCACAAGGGGAAGGCACUGACUGUAAGAGCCAUUUCAGAUGAGGCCCACUACCUUAGACCUCUCUGGAAAAGUCUGAUUGGCUUGUACAUUCCCCUCCCACUGGAAAGUAACAUGCACAAUGAUGGAAACCCAGAAGCUGUAUUGGUGCAGAGAGAGAGGCCCUGCUGACCAGAUCUGAUGUCCCAAGGCAGACACAUCAACAUGGCAAGCGGAUUGCCUACCCUGGCAAUCUAGAACUAAAAAGGUGUUACACAGAGACUAGAAUCUGAUGAAGGUGAGUCACGGUAACUGAAAUUUCCUAGAGGCCUGACAAAUUCGUCAGAAAUGGGGACUGCCCUGGGCCCUGCACUUUCCAUUCACAGUGCAAAGAAUGUGUUGUUGAAUGAGUUUAAACAACACUAACAAGCCAAGUGAGUGUAGGAAUGCCCUCGGCUGUGUGGAUCUGUCCCAGGAAAAGAAGCUUAAGAGGAGGUCAGUCUGUGAGUCUGCACACCUGCAACCCAUCUCUAUCAGAGUGUGAUGAGUUGUGGGUGGAGAUCCUUUCAAGUACUGCAGAUUUUGGCCAAGCCUUUAAAUUCAGAGCAACCUGCAGAGGAGAAAGGAGACUGGUGUCGGCCAAUGCUGCAUAAGACGGACAUGAGAUUGUCUGACUUUGCGAUUUUGAAAGUCUUCUCCUUCCUGGAUGGACUGAGCUUGCUACAGGCUUCCCAAGUGAACAAGGUAAAGGCUUUCCACCCUCAGCUGCUCUGUCUGAAUUGGUCAGCUUCCACCGGCACCCUGCUGUCCUGUCAGUCCUUGCAUGAGACCCCCCUCACCUCUCUCCUAGGCACGGAAUAUUGCUACCCCAGCGGUUCAUGUAGUUUAACAGUGGUCCGAGGAGGUGGGCUGACCAGGGAAGCCGGAUGGGAUUGUGACUCUGGUUCCAGAAUGAUGUAUCUGAAGAGAUGGACCUUGUGCUGUUCUGAUGAACCCCUAGAUGCAAAGCAUUGGAAGCAGUUCUUCCUCAAGCAAGUCAAGCAGGAGUAUCGCAUGGCAUCGGCGCAGCCAGAGGACUUCGCCUGCAAAGAAGUACCUGGGAGAAUCGGUAUGGGGACGUGGUGUGCAAGAGGAGUAUGGCGAAUUCGUUUCUGGAAUUCACUCUUAGGUGAAGGAGAACUUAAAAAUGAUUUUUUCCCAGAAUUUUUCUUUAUUAGGUUUGGACCACCCUUCAUCUGUCUGGUAGCCAAGUAUUGUCUGUGUUUAGUCCCAGAACCUAGUGAACCUAUGGCUUAUCUCUCAGGAAGCAGCCUGUCAGAGGAUGGACAAGACAAGUCAAUUGUUUGUGGUGUGUCAGAUCACAAGCUUUGUGCCUGGGAUGUACAAGAGAUGAGUAAUUAUGAAGGUGACAUCUACACAUUUACAGUGCCUAAAUUAAGGUAUAUUUCUAACAUUAAUGCAUUGAGAUAUUGUGGUGGACAUCUGCUCUGCUCUCCUGACAAAAAAUCAAUCUCUGUAUUUGGGAUAAAAGAAUAUUUUUCUCCAAAGGUAGGUACGCUGCUGUGGGCUUUAACUUGGCAGGGGUGGGGUGGGGUAUUUUUCACAGCGUACUUACUGAAACCGUCAGAAGAUAACACCCCCCUGUCCCUCCCUAUUCCCUUUGCGUGGUGCUGGGAUUCCUGCUGGGCUUCAAGGAAGACAAACAGGGUAAUAGUGAUGUUCCGAAGAGACUUUAACGAAAUGAUAAGAAUUACCACCUUUAACUUUACAACUGAGAUGAUUGGUGGUAAAAUAGCCAUCCAAGGAUAUUGUCCUGUCAUAUAUAUAUAUGUAAUGUAUGUGUUUUGUGUGAAAAAAGCACAUCAGGUCGCAAGUUUCUCGUUACCAGUUGAUACGGAGUUUCCUAGUUACACAGGAAGCAGUGAUGGGAAUGUGAUUGUCCUUGAGAAUGGGCCAUAUUUGUCCCUCUUUACCAUCAAUGGCCUCCUGCUACAACAAUUUCAAGACCACCAGACAUGAAUCUACCAUGUAUGGGUGGACCCUAUCCAUAUCCUCACCACAAAAAAAAAAGCCAUUGACAAUUCUCUGCAUGUGUACAUGUGGGAGGAGGAAGAACGCCAUCCAUACCUCAGGAGCUGCUGUCAUCUGGAAAAAGUGACGGGUGACCAGGCACCACAGUGGUAAGCCCUGUUUUGUAACUUAAACUUGCCUUGAAAACUUUAGAUUUUUAUGUAAAAAUGAAUUAAGGGUAGAGUUUUUUUUUAAGAUUCUUUGAUGGUUUAUAUGAGUAAGCUUAUGCCUAAAAAGAGAAUUGCUAGUUCAUGGAGGCUGUCUACAGCUGUUUCAAUAGAUGUCAAGACGUUCCAAAAUGGCUCUCGUUUAUACUGCCACAAGCAAUAUAUGGAAGAUUUACGUCCUCAUUAUCCUUUUUACUUGCUAGGCUUGAACCUUUGAGUGCAUUAGUUAUGCGGGUUGCUUCUUUAGUGAGCUGCCUUUACCUCCAUUUUGCUAAUUUUUCUUUUGGAUUGCUUGCCUUCAUCUAAAUUGUUUUUCUUAAGGCUUUACAUACUGUAAAGAGGAAUCUUGUCUUUCAUAUACUUUGGAAAUUUCUUCCUGAUUG